AUGGCUCCCUCAACAGGCCCACGGGCAACGAUUCGACUGGACCGGGCUCACUUGGCACUGGCACUAGCCAUUGUCAAAGACAAACCUCCCGACACCGAAGUCAAAGAUUACAUCUCCCGGAUCAGAAAUUUCAUUAAAUCUCAAAAGGAAUUGGAUAUGUCUCGCCCAGAAAAGUUCUUUGACAGUGUCAACUUCUGGAAAUCCGCUUACGAGAAGUCGGAGGCCGAGCAUGCUAAGCUGCUCAACGCCAUGUACGACUUGGAACAGCGCAACUUGAAUCUUCUUACGAAAACAAAAUUGACUACCUCUGGCGAAAAUACCUCUGUUCCCUCGUCAACCAAACGCAAGGCAUCCGGCGUACUUGUGCCUGUCGCUCCGUCCCAGAUCAACAGCAAACGAGCACGGUCAAACCUCUCCAAGAACCCUUCACGCAAGGACCCCGGUGCCGAACGACAGGAUGCAGAGUUUACACAUGACGAGAAACGAACAACUUCCUUUAUGAGACAAAUUUAUAAUAUGCAGCGAGCCCUGCAAAAGAGACGGAAUGAAAAGAACUUGGCAACCAACGCUGUGAUACUGUGUAAAGAAGCAGAGCAUUCUUUUCUUGAUCUCAUACAACUCGAAGUCAACUCAAAAUGCCAAACUAACAGCUCAGACCUCGUCACUACGGAGCAAAGCACUAGUGCCAUCUUUGGAGGUGUGGAGCUCGCUUUUCAUCUUGCAUACCGAGCGCUCCACAAAAUUAACAACGCAGGCGAUACCCCUGGCCAGGGUAAAGGUCAAAUCAUCUACUACAUUGUAUGUCUUUUUGAGUCGAUUACGGUUGGUCUUACUCAGUAUUGCACGGCCAUAUCAAAUCCCAGAAUUGAAACCGAAAAGACCGACCAGCUUCAAAAAUCAGCGACUACCCAAGUCCGAAGGUCCAAGACAGAGAAGAGAGCCCAGACAAUCACUCAAUCUCAUAUUCCAACAAAAGGGAAAGAUGAAGUUGCUCAAGAAUUGACCAAGCUCCUAUGCAAAAUGGCGACGUCACUGGAUCUGACCAAAGAGGAUGACCAGAAGAUCAUGGAGGGAUUUCUUUUCAUCGUUCUCGGUCGAGUCGGCAAGAUGCUGGCUCUUUUCGUCUUUAAAGAUAUCCAGCUGCCACUCGAAGCUUGUCCGGAACUGAAACUUCCCGAAGGACUCGCCUCAAUGCACCAGGAAGGGUUAUCACCGGACAUUGGAAAAUGCGAAGCGAGCUAUCUUGUCAAACUUCUCAAGGGCCUAUUUACGAACGAGGCAUCUUCUACACCAGAGUACUCCGCCACAAAAGCACAGUUUGUCCGUGGCAUGAAAGAUCAAUUUCAGGAAACUCUUCUGCAAGCAGUUUUUGGGAUGGAUGAACCGCUAUUCCAGGGUGGCUUGAAACGUCCAGCCACGCCACCGCCUCAAGAUUGUGAUGGCAAUGGGGGUGAAAAUUUCUCGUUUUCAGAAUGGUUUACACAGGAAUUAUGGUCCCUAGUAGGCUGGGAUAUGUUGAACAGCAUUGUGGAUUGUCGUUGA